AUGUCGACCCCUACACCAAAAGACAAUCCCAUCGAAGCUCUUCCCACCCAAAUCUUCCACCCAUUCCCAAGACUUCCGCUUGAACUUCGCCAACAAAUCUGGAAGCUCGCGCUACCACUGACCUCGGAGAAACCAGGAGUAUGCAUCCUCUCAGGAUACCUGGAAUUCCAAGCGGAUAUAAGCAAUCUCACAGUCAACGAGUACCACUCGUUACUCAAGGCCGUCAGCCAAGAAGCGCGCCAAACAGCUCUUGAAAACCUCCCUGUGAAACGCGACUACAAUCCCCUCAUCGACAUUCUAUACAUCGGCCGCGACUGCUUCUUCGCUUUCUGUUCCAGGGCCACGAUUGAUGACUGGAGCCGUGUCAGGCACAUUGCACUUUCUCUCCCGGUUGCAGAGAUGGGUCUCAACAUGCCCUUUGCCCUGUUCGGGCUGCCCGGUUUGGAGGAACUGUCGGUUGUUUAUCCCAAGUCAACCGGAACAGUCGACUUGUUUGACGACGUGCAUCUUCCCGAGACAGGUCCACGAAAACUCAGGAAGUUGACGGAGACCGAAAUGUCGAGUUUGGUGAUCAAGGCGGAUUUCAUAUAUGAGACUCAUGGCGGAGAUGUUCCUAUUGUUUGGGAAAAGGAUGUCAGGACGCAUCUGGACUUUGUCAUGGAAGAGUUGUCGCGGGAGACGUCUUCUGGGCGGCCGCCGUGUUGGGAUGAGGAGAGUAAGAGGUUGGAGUUGGAGAUGCAUGCGUUGUGUUUUGAUGUAGAUGGUGGGCGAUAG